ACCGGCCGCGCUCGCCGCCGCCAUUUUAGGUGCCGCUGGCGGGGGAGGGAGGGGAGGACCGGUGAGCGGAGCGGGGCAGCGCUUCUCCUCCCUCCUCUUCCUCCUCCUCCUCUUCGGGGCCGAGCCGUGCCCUCCGCCCGGCGCAGAGCGGAGCGCGGACCAGCGGGGGCGCCACAGCCGCCCCGGCAGCCGGGGGUGCGCGCUGCCCUGCACCGCUCCGCGCUGCCAUGCCGCCGCGCCGCCCGGGCAUGCCGCGUUCGCUGCUGCCGGCCCCCGCCGCCUGCCUGCUGCUCGCCGCGCUGCUCUGCGGAGGAGCGGCGGCCGCUCGAGUUAACAAGCAUAAGCCAUGGAUUGAAACAACCUAUCAUGGUAUAGUUACAGAAAAUGACAACACAGUGCUCCUGGACCCCCCUUUGAUAGCCCUGGACAAAGAUGCACCUCUGCGUUUUGCAGAGAGUUUUGAGGUGACAGUCACCAAAGAAGGUGAGAUUUGUGGAUUUAAAAUUCAUGGGCAAAAUGUUCCCUUUGAAGCAGUGGUAGUGGAUAAAUCCACUGGGGAGGGAAUAAUACGCUCUAAAGAAAAGCUUGACUGUGAGCUACAGAAGGACUACACAUUCACCAUACAGGCCUAUGACUGUGGCAAGGGACCAGAUGGAGCAAAUGCAAAGAAAUCCCACAAAGCCACAGUACAUAUUCAGGUGAACGAUGUUAAUGAGUACGCCCCUGUGUUCAAAGAGAAGUCAUACAAGGCAACAGUUAUUGAAGGGAAGAGGUAUGACAACAUCCUCAAAGUGGAAGCAGUGGAUGCAGACUGCUCACCCCAGUUCAGCCAGAUUUGCACUUACGAAAUUGUAACUCCAGAUGUACCUUUUGCUAUUGACAAAGAUGGUUAUAUAAAAAACACAGAAAAGUUAAACUAUGGUAAAGAACAUCAGUAUAAACUGACAGUAACAGCAUAUGACUGUGGGAAGAAGAGAGCUGCUGAGGAUGUGUUGGUUAAAAUUAGCAUUAAGCCUACAUGCAAGCCUGGCUGGCAAGGCUGGAGCAAAAGAAUAGAAUACGAGCCUGGUACUGGUGCAUUAGCUCUCUUCCCUGGUAUGCAUUUGGAGACAUGUGAUGAGCCAGUAACCUCAAUUCAAGCAACGGUGGAGCUAGAAACUAACCAUAUUGGUAAAGGCUGUGACAGAGACACCUAUUCUGAGAAAUCCAUUCACAGACUUUGUGGUGCUGCUUCUGGCACAGCUGAGCUACUUCCACCUCCGAGUAGUGCUGCUAACUGGACAAUAGGACUUCCUACAGAUAAUGGUCAUGACAGUGACCAAGUCUUUGAAUUCAAUGGCACACAAGCUGUGAAGAUCCCAGAUGGUGUUGUCACAGUCAAUCUAAAAGAGCCCUUCAUGAUUUCAGUAUGGAUGAGGCAUGGGCCUGGAACCAAAGAGAAAGAAACAAUUCUGUGCAAUUCAGACAAGACAGAUAUGAACCGGCACCAUUACACGCUCUACGUGCACAACUGCCGACUUGUUUUCCUCUUCCGCCAAGAUCCUUCGGAGGAAAAAACAUACAAACCUGCUGAGUUUCACUGGAAACUCAACCAAGUGUGUGACAAGGAGUGGCAUCAUUAUGUUGUCAGUGUGGAAUUCCCAGUGGUAACUCUCUAUGUGGACGGGGUUUCCUAUGAUCCUUUCCCAGUGACUGAGGAUUACCCACUUCAUCCCUCAAAGAUAGAGACGCAGCUAGUCGUUGGAGCGUGUUGGCAAGAAUAUACAGGAAAUGAAAAUGACAAUGAAACUGUGCCUGAGACCUCUGCAGGUGGUGAACUCCGCAUGGCUCAGUUUUUCCGAGGCAACCUGGCAGGUUUGAUGAUCCGUUCUGGUAAACUGGAGAACAAGAAGGUGAUAGAUUGCCUGUACACGUGCAAGGAGGGACUGGAUUUGCAGAUGGCUGAUGGUGUUGGCAAAGGCGUGAAGAUCCACAUGAACCCAAGUCAGUCAACGCUGACUGUGGAAGGGGAUGACAUUGACAGAGUUGACAAGGCCAUGCAGCACAUUUCCUAUCUGAAUUCCCGCCAGUUCCCAACACCUGGGAUUCGGAGGCUGAAAAUCACCAGUGUUGUCAAAUGUUUCAAUGAAGAUGCCUGUGUCUCCAUUCCUCCUGUGGAGGGGUAUGUAAUGGUCUUGCAACCAGAGGAACCGAAAAUCAGCCUUAGUGGCAUCAACCAUUUUGCCCGCUCUGCUUCAGAGUUUGAGAGUUCCGAGGGUGUUGCCCUCUUCCCUGAGCUUCGCAUCAUAAGCACCAUUACACGGGAGGUGGAGCCAGAGGGAGAUGGAGAUGAAGAUCCUACAGUCCAAGAGUCGUUGGUAUCUGAAGAGAUCAUGCAUAACCUGGAUACGUGUGAGGUGACAGUGCUAGGAGAGGAGCUGAAUCAGGAACAGGAAAGCCUGGAGAUUGAUAUGACACGAUUACAGCAGAAGGGCAUCGAGAUGAGUAGUUCCAACCUGGGCAUGAUAAUCACAGGGGUUGAUACUAUGGCCAGUUAUGAAGAAGUUUUGCACUUGAUACACUACAGAAACUGGCACACUGCUUCCCUCUUUGACAGAAAGUUCAAGUUAGUGUGUUCUGAGCUUAAUGGGCGCUAUGUCAGCAACGAGUUUAAAGUGGAGGUGAACGUCAUCCACACCGCUAACCCGGUUGAGCACGCCAAUCACAUAGCCGCACAGCCGCAGUUCGUGCAUCCGGUGCACCACACGUUUGUUGAUCUCUCUGGUCACAACUUGGCUAAUCCUCACCCAUUUUCAGUCGUUCCAAGCACAGCCACUGUUGUGAUUGUGGUGUGUGUCAGCUUCCUGGUUUUCAUGAUUAUUCUGGGAGUGUUCCGAAUCCGAGCUGCACAUCAGAGAACGAUGCGUGACCAGGACACUGGGAAGGAAAACGAGAUGGACUGGGAUGACUCUGCUUUGACCAUCACUGUGAACCCCAUGGAGACUUAUGAGGAUCAACACAGCAGUGAAGAGGAGGAGGAGGAAGAGGAAGAAGAAAGUGAAGAUGGAGAAGAAGAUGACAUCACUAGUGCAGAGUCUGAAAGCAGCGAGGAGGAAGAGGGAGAGCAGGAGGAGGACCAACAGAAUGUUAAUAGACAGCAACAGCUGGAAUGGGAUGACUCUACCCUCAGUUACUGAUUCUAGCUGUCCCUUUGUCUUUAUGUUUCUGCUCUAGAAGACUCCACUGUAACACACUCCAUUGUUACCAAGGAUUCAUGGUGUUUAAACAAAACAAAAUUCAUUCUGGCCAGUAGAUUCGAGCCCCACACAUCCCCGUGUUUGUGUUCUGUCAGCUAGUUCCUGAUGCUGUUCCUAGAGCUGUAGUUAGCCCCUCUCCUCCUUCAGCCAUGCCUCAGUGACUGGAUUUGUUUUACCGCUAUGUGAGGAACCACCUUGCACUUUUCUCUUCAUGUCAUCUCAGCUGGCUGACUCGACAGGUCUGUAGCCAUUGCACAUGAAUUUCUGAACUGUUUUUUUUGCUCAGUGAAACGAACUUGGCUUUGUUUCCUUAUUUUCUCUUUCUAAAAGAUGCAAAGAUUGCUUGUCGACAAAGGGUAAAGCUGCUCCGUUCAGCCUCUUCAUUUGUUUUCUUUCCCCCAAAUUAGUGCAUGUGUAAAGUGGCAGAAUGAGGAUAAUAUGUAGAAGAUUAACAGACUUUUUAAUAUUUUGUAAAUAUCUUGGAAUUAUGUAAUUAUGUCAUUUGUGGUAGUGAAAACAGGGAUUUGGGGUUUCAAACAUGCUCAAGUAAAGCAAUCAUGCAGCAUGAAAUA